UGUUGGGAUUCAAAAGCCUAAAUCUUUAGAAAACCCUUUCUGUCUCUCUUCGAUUAUUCCUCCCCUUCGCUCUCGUUCAUUUGACACUCAAUGGCUUCGUCUGCGCCACAGGGAUCUAUCGAUCCUCUCACCGGUAAAGAUCCGGCGAAAGCGUUAACCGCCGUAGCGUCAGGAUUUUUCGAGAAUGUGAAGAAAAACAAGCAAAGCUUCUUCCAGUUCGCCGCCAUGACUGGGAUCUUGCUUCUGAGCUUCCGAUCCGUAAGUCAGAAGUACCGAAUCCACGAUCUGGAGGAAGACACGGCUGUUCUCAAGAAGGAGAGCGAUACUUUGACGGACCGCAUGAGUAGAAUCAAGAGCGAGCUUCUGCAUCAAGCGUCCAUUGACUCUUCCGGCGUCUUUGCUGCUCGACUCCGUCUACUUUUCGGCGAGGAUAAAAAGUGACCGGAGAUUGAAUUUGGUUUUAAGUCAAACGAGGUUACGAUCAUGCGAUGUUAUGUUAUAGGUCUAUACAGAUGUCUCUCUGUCUGUAAAGGCUCUGUCUUUGUCAGGAAUUUAGCGAAUGAAUAAGUAAGGGGUUGCAGGGUGAUGUGAUUCAGACAAUGGAGUAUCGUUUUGGUUUUGUCUGAAAUCGUGCUUGGUGUUUAGGUUUUUGAACUGUUAGGUUUUGCGGAUUUGUAUGAGGCAUUUCAUCGAACACCUUAACAGCGUUUUGAAUGUGUGAAA